AUGACUGAAAUAUACCCUACUAUUGCGCAGUGCGCAAUAGUCGCGACUGCUUUUAAGAUCCUCCUCUUCCCUGCAUACAAAUCCACCGACUUUGAGGUGCAUCGAAAUUGGUUAGCUAUCACGAAUAGUCUACCUAUAUGGGAAUGGUAUUACGAAAAGACUUCUGAAUGGACUCUUGACUAUCCGCCCUUCUUCGCAUAUUUCGAAUGGAUUCUUUCUCAAGUAGCAAAGCUGGCGGAUCCCGCCAUGCUUCGAGUCUACAAUCUCGGGUACGAUAGCUGGCAGACAGUAUACUUCCAAAGAUUUACCGUCAUCGCUACCGAGCUGAUACUAGUAUAUGCUUUGCAAUUGUUCGUCGAGUCUUCGCAUGGAGUUACCAAGCGUGCAGCACAAGCUGCUGCAAUCUCGGUUCUCCUUUCUCCAGGUCUUCUGAUCAUAGACCAUAUUCACUUCCAGUAUAAUGGAGCUAUGUACGGCGUGCUGAUACUGUCCUUGGUUUUGGCCCGGCACAAGUCAGGCCUUCUAGUCAGCGGUCUCGUAUUCGCAGCGCUACUAUGCAUGAAGCAUAUAUAUCUCUAUCUUGCGCCAGCAUAUUUCGUCUAUCUUUUGAGGACUUAUUGUCUCUCGUCCCACUCCAUCUUCCGAAUACAGUUCCUUAACUGUGUGAAAUUAGGAUCUGGUAUCCUUAGCAUAUUUGGGUUGGCAUUUGGUCCAUUUGCUAUCAAGAAUCAAAUACCACAGAUUCUAAGUCGGCUCUUCCCAUUUUCCCGCGGACUUUGCCAUGCGUACUGGGCGCCAAAUGUGUGGGCAAUGUAUUCUUUUGUGGACCGGGUGUUGAUAUUUGUUGCACCGCGGCUUGGGUUGCCGGUUAAGGAGGAAGCUAUCAACAGCGUCACAAGAGGUCUAGUCGGGGAUACGGCAUUCGCGGUGCUCCCCGAGGUCACUCCCAGCAUCUGCUUCGCACUCACUCUUAUCUUCCAGGUUAUCCCCCUGGUGAAGCUCUUCUUGCGUCCCAAAUGGGAUGUUUUCAUUGGGGCAGUCACUCUCUGUGGCUAUUCCUCAUUCCUCUUCGGAUGGCACGUUCAUGAAAAAGCCAUUCUUCUCGUGAUCAUUCCUUUUAGCUUGAUUGCUCUUAAGGAUCGACGGCAUCUUAGUGCAUUCCGUCCCUUGGCAGUAUCCGGCCACGUCUCGCUUUUCCCAUUACUCUUCACCCCUGCGGAGUUUCCCAUCAAGACAGUUUAUACGAUAUUCUGGUUGGUUUUAUUUUUAAUGGUAUUUGACCGCACAGCUUCUGCCUCGAAGCGACAGAGGUUCUUUCUCUUUGACCGGUUUGCCAUCUUGUAUAUCACAAUCAGCAUACCCCUGAUUGUAUACUGUUCAUUGGUGCAUCAAGUUAUAUUCGGCAAGAGUUACGAAUUUUUGCCUCUGAUGUUCAUGAGCUCUUAUUCAGCCAUAGGAGUGGUUGGUAGCUGGGUAGGUUUCAUGGUAGUGUAUUUUACAUCGGAUUACCCUGAACUGGUUCUUUUUAAACGCAAGCCGGUGCAGUUUCUGCAAACCCCACCGGUUGAAGAUGAAUCUACAGAAGUAUGGUGUAUUCAAACGACAGGUGAAAUCUUCAUGACUUAUGAAGCAUAUCUCUCUCGCAUGGAAUUUUACAACUUGCCACGCUUUAUCUGUCAGAUAACCGGCCAUUCUGGCUUAACCUUCUUUGAAGCAUUGAAGAGCGAGCAUAAUGGUGCUCAGGAGGUCGAACAAGCCUUUCCAGAAGCUCUGAAGGCCCCAGUUCUCCGAAGGGUCCAGUUCCAGACGAUAUCCCGAAUCGAUACGUUAGUCGACAUGGUGUUUGACGAAUUCAAGGCGGAUUAUUACCCUGGCGAGGUUGUAAUGGUUCAAAUGACAACUGGCGAACGUUUGACAGGAACUGUGAGGGAUAAGGCUCGUCUAGGAAGUAAGGUUCUACCUGACGGAACCCUCACACAACCGUUUUCUCGCUACAGUAUAAGCCCAGACGGCAACCAAGGACGAGAUGUAACAGUGGAUGGUGCUCAGAUCUUCCGGGAUAGAAAGAUCUUUACGAAGUCGGUCCUUAGAUCCUUCAUUAAGAAGACUGUAACCAGGGAAGCAUGGACCGGCGCACCUUGGUUGGUUAAGCACGACGUUGCUGCACAAUAUCAUAUCGACACCCGAGUACCCCCUCAUCUACGAUAUGACAACAAGUUGCUUGAGCGAAAGCAACAUCAAGCGCAGAGGAAAGCGUUGCACCCGAUGAACGGAGCACAGGAGAUGAACGGCAUGGGUGCUUCUUUCCAGAAUUUCGGCCCAGCUCGAUUACCAGAGCUGAAACCUGCACCGAAGAGCCAUAAGGCGGCGAAGACUCACCAUAGCGAGCCUCCCCAGCCAGACCUGAACGGUCAGCAUGAUUCUGGAAUGUACCUUGCACAGAAUCAUGGCCCGCUCCCACCGGCCCCGGGAAACAAUCCUUUCCACUUUCCUGUUCCCUUUCGGAAUAGUAUGCCACCACCGCCCCUUGUCGCUCACCCUCAACCGGAGCUUCCACCUCCACCCCCUCCUAUCAAGUAUCCCAUCGAGGAUUUACAGAUUGAGCCACGCGACGAUUACGUUCGUCCAACGUUGAAGUUCAUGUGCAGUGAUCCACCAGAAGGCGUUAUUGAUAGUGGUGCUCAAAACGACAAGGUCCUGAUGAAGUCUAUUGGACCAUUGCUAGAGACCUGGGAUACACUGAACGUCUUCUGUGAAGUCUACAAGUUAGAUUCAUUCACCUUUGAUGAUUUUGUCCAGGCGAUGGAAAUCAGCAAGGAAGAUAACCCUUGUCAGUUAUUUACGGAGAUCCACUGCGCACUUCUGAAACAGAUCGUGAGCUCUGAACAGGACGGCGGUAAACUUCUAGUCGACCUGCCGGAUCUUGACGAGGACGAAGACGAUGAUCCGGAUGAAAGUGCGGCUCCAAGCCCCGAGCCGGAGCCCGAACCGAAGCCGACAGGACGUGCUACUAGAAGUAGUCUAGCGAAACUGGAGGCAGAAAGGAUGAAGGCUGAGGCUGCAGCUGCAGAAAAAUCGCCGGAGCCCCAGAUCAAGCAUCGUGCUACUGAUGUUCUAACUGACUUUGACUGGAUCGAGCGAUUGAGAGAUCGCAAUUUCCAGGAUGGGGGUUGGGAGCUGAUCAUGGUCGGACUCCUGCAUCAAUUAUCUAAGAACCCGCGAUACACCGAGGUCUGCGAGGACUUGCUGUGUCACCUCGUACCUCCUGAUAUCGAGCCUAGCCAGGAAACGGUUAAGCAGCAGUACAGCGAGCUUGACUUGAACCUUCGUAUCUCUGCUCUUCGGAUAAUAUGUCUAUUGACUGUAGACACCAAGGCCUUUCGCGGCUAUAUGGAAGAGUGUGGCGAGACGAUGACCGGUUACAGGAAGGAGAAGAUUGAGUGGCAACGGCAACGUAAACAAGCGAUCGAGGAUUUGAAAGGCCUCAACGAGCAACGCAAGAUUCUCCUCCCCGAAAACAUGCCACCCUCGCCACCGGCUGAGGAAGCCGAGGUACCGAAGACUAAUGGCGAUGUCAAGAUGGCCGAUGCCGACGAGUCUCCCGAAGAGCCAAGCGAAGAGGCUGGGGACAGUGACAUAGAUGUCAACGCUCGUCGAAACACUCGACGAGGUGGUAACCGUGCCGCGGAACGUCAGCGUAAACGGGAGGAGCUCGAGCGCAAGAAAGAGGCUGAAUUAGCCGCUGCUAAGAUGCCUAAGCAAUCCAAGCAAUUUGUGAGACUCCUCAAAGACAUCCAAAAAAAGCAGGAUGUUGUCAAGAAAUGCGAGGAAGAGAUAGCGAUUAUCGACAACGAUCUUCGAGAAGCGGAUUGUGCCCGAACCCGGGUUCUCGGUAAGGAUAGAUUUUGGAAUCGCUAUUACUGGUUCGAGCGUAAUGGCAUGCCUUACGGCGGUCUACCUACCAGUUCAACGGCCGACGCAGGCUAUGCAAACGGCUGCAUCUGGGUUCAAGGGCCCGUUGAUAUGGAACGGGAAGGAUACAUAGACACCCCCGAGGAGUACCAACAGGAAUACAAGGCCAAGUUCAAAAUGACCGUACCCCAGAGAAAAAAGAUGGAAGAAGGCCGUACCAGCGUAUUCAACGCGACCCAAUGGGGCUACUACUCAGAUCCUAGCGAAGUAGAUUCGCUUCUGAAUUGGCUUGACGCCCGGGGAUUUAACGAGGCCAAAUUGAGGAAGGAGAUCCUCACUUACAAAGAUAAGAUCGUUAUGCAUAUGGAGAACCGAGCGAAGUAUCUCGGCCAAGGAGACCGGAAAGGGCGACCCGAAACGAAUGACGACCCGUACGAAGGCGCAUUCUAG